AUGAGCGCCCUAGGAAAGACCGUCUGGCAACGUCAGUUGGAUGACCUGACUCGAAGUUCUGAUUUUGACCCCUCCAGUGCCAAAGACCGCAACCACGCCCUCGUCUCCGUCCUCAAAGACCUCAGUCUGCGCGUCAGUGACGAUGACCGACGCCGAAUUGAAGAUGCCCUCCAGGAUUCAGAUGACGAGGUCGGGUCGCCCGUCUCCAUAUCCUCUUCUUCCCGAGCAUCCGCCCCUCAGCCAUUCUCUCAGCACUCGCGCAUGCACCCCUUUGCCUCGUCCUCUAGCCAUGUGCCGCUCGGAGCAGAAACGUCGCCCACAUCAGAUCAGUCGCCCCUUCCUCGCCUGGACGGUAUCGGCCCCGAAGAAUCUGGCGAUGAAGACUGUGGCGAGCUGCCCAAUGUAGUCGAAGCAGGCUUCCUGGGCCAGAUCUCCGAAGUACAAUGGCUGCAGACUCUCAGAAGCCGAGUACAGGCUCUUGAUACCGUUCUGCUUGGCCCACCUGACACCACUGCGCCACUCUCUCAGCCAUCCUCGCCUACUUUCGCUGCCUCACCAACCUCCCUUGCCGCAAGCCCGCUCAAACACAUCGCUCUCACCAACUACUAUCUCGACGACGAAGGCAUCAAGCUCACAGACUGCGGAAACCCCUUUGAAUUACCCCCCGAACACAUGGCAGCGCUGCUAUUCCAGUGCUUCACCCAGACCAUCCAAGGCUCAUUUCCUAUCCUUCCCCCAACCAUUGAGCACCAGCUGCAUCAGUACUACACCCUAGUUCGGAAUGGGCAGGCUAUACAUUGUCCGGAGAAGUGGUUUGCGCUUGUCAACCUCGUUUUUGCCAUAGGCGCCAAGUUUUCACAUCUCAUUCAGGCUGACUGGCGGGCCGACGAGCUGGAUCACCUCGUCUACUUGUCCCGUGCUUUUCAAUUACUUAGCAUGAAUGACACAAUCGUCGUUCUGUCAACUCCGGAUCUGCUCACAACGCAGGCAAUGAAAUUUGCUCGGGCUUGGGUAAUGGUAGGCAUGGCGAUGCGAUCCGCUUUUUCGCUCGGACUUCACGUGCAACAAGAUGACCAGUCGGUCUCUGCCACCCGGAGGCAAAGUAUGAUCUGCACCUGGUGGAGUUUACAUGCCCUGGAGAGCAUGCUGAGUUCGAUCACGGGUCGGCCAAGCAUUAUACCCAACGAGGACAUCACAACUCCAUUUCCCAGUGUCGUGAAUAGCGAUCAGACCCAAAACGUACCUGUGCCCAGUCUCGACUUCCUCGAUGCCGAUACCCACCUAAAUCUCCUGACCCAGCAAAUCAUCUCCAACCUCUACACACAACGCAGAUCUGCGCCAUCAUGGGAUUACCUCCAACAGAUGACCAUCUCUCUAUGCUCAGACCUUGACAAAUGGGCAUUCGAAUACAUCCCCCAAGUUCAUUCAGAAGAAGGGGUCUCAGCUCACAUGCAACAACGCGACGUCUUCUUGCUUAAACUGCAAUACUAUCGACUGAAGAUUCUGACGACUCGUCCCUCACUCCGCCGUAUUGAACGCUGCUUUCAAGCCGGAACCGAUGACUUCAAUUCGCUCGACCAGUCUGUGGCAGAGUCGUGUGUACAAGCGGCACGAGAUGUUGCCUCGCUCCUGGCAAACGAGCCUAAUGUUAGGAGUUUAUAUGAAAAAGGGCCAUGGUGGACAAUUGUCCACAACAUCGUGCAAGCACUCGCCGUUCUCAUGAUAGCCAUAUCCUGCCCCGAUCACUUCCGCGACACACUACAAGCGUCCGUGUACAGCACACGUCAACUCGUCACUUCACUCCGCAGCAUGUGCGACACAAACAUGUUAGCUUCCCGCGCCUACCAGGUUAUCUAUUCGAUAGUCAAAACCUCAAAACCAUACGUGUGGGCUGAUAUAGAGGAUGCCGUCCCAGAUGAGGUCAUCAUGGUGCUACAACAGCCUGCACCAGCAAAGGUCGAUCCGCAGUAUUUGCCAUGGCCGGAAAACGACCAGUCAUCCGAGGCCCUUUUCCGUUAUGAAAUGGACAAUUUCGGCAACUACCAUUUCCACAUGUUAUGA